AUGCGUGGGAAACCAGAUUUGAGUGCCAUUCAAGCCUCUCUUCGGGUCUUGAAUGCAGCAAAAUUGGCAUACCCAGCUGUGGUCCUGAUCAUUUUCGUCGUUGCAUUCAUCACAUAUGGCAUCAAGACCGCCCCCGAUGAUGGAGAUAAGGUCCGAAUCCAUUCUAUGCGUGGGCCUGGAGGAAGGCCUCUUCCAGUCCGCCGCAAAUCCGCCAAUCAAGUCAAAGCAGCAGCGGCUGUGAAAGAUCUCUCCCCAGCAAUGAAGACGUUCUUCAAGAUCGGUCAGGCCGGUAUCGUUCUGACAUUUUUGGCAAAUGCUGGCCUUCUCCUUUGCCAAACCAUAUGGGAACGGAGUGAGGAGUGGUGGCCCGGACAGAACGCCGUUAUUUAUGUUGUUGCGUCCACCUUCGUCUGGAUGGUGACGUUCAUUUCCAUCCUGGAUUGCAAGCCCUCGCCAAACGUGGUUCAUUUGGUCACCUGGAUCUGUGCAGUGCCUCUGGAAGCUAUCAUUGUUGCUACCAGCCUUCGAAUCUACACGGCCCCACACUACGAACCGCGGGUCGGCGACCAACUGGGUGGCAAGUACAGGAAAUCCAUUACCGGUUGGGAAACGCUUGAAGUCAUCAUCUAUAUCCUUCGGCUUGUUCUCCUUGUAGGUAUUUCGAUUGUUUUCUCCUCCAUCAAGUUCAACUGUCUUUGGAUGAAGCAUUCCCACUCCACCGAAGAGCAUGAACGGACUCCGCUGCUGGACGGUAAUAGUGAAGCCGGCCGGCGGGCUAACGGGCACGCCAAUGGUACUGCGCAGCGAGGCCCGACAACGGAACAUAAGGAGCAAGUUGAUGCUUGGGCCAAGCCAACCGAGGUCCCAAAUAUUUCCUGGUACGCAUAUCUACGAGGAUUCGUGCUGUUGAUUCCAUACCUAUGGCCAAAGAAGUCCGUCAAGCUUCAGAUGUUGGCUGGGACAUGUAUCGUGAUCAUGAUUGCGCAACGGGUCAUCAACGUUUUCGUGCCUGUCAUGGUUGGCAAGAUCACCGAUGCGUUGUCGGGUGACGAUGGCAGAGGUGUUCGAGCUCCGUGGCUCUACAUCUCCUUGUACAUCAUAUUCAGGUGGCUCCAAGGAUCGCAAGGCAUUUUGUCGGCAGCGAGGUCAAUAUUGUGGAUCCCCGUGGAGCAGUAUUCCUACCGUGCCAUCUCGACCGCCGCCUUCGAGCACGUCCACAACCUCAGUGCCGAAUUCCAUACCGGAAAACGUACGGGAGAACUGAUCUCAGCGUUGAAUAAAGGAAGCUCCAUCAACUCUUUUCUCGAAAUGGUCACGUUUCAGGUUGGCCCCAUGGUCUUCGACCUGGUUGUUGCUGUCGUCUAUCUCACUGUCAAGUUCGACGCCUACCUAGGCUUGGUGGUGGCGAUGGUCACCUUCCUCUACAUCUAUGUCACCAUCCGCCUGGCCGCUUGGAGAGUCACGCUUCGUCGGAAUUAUGUAAAUGCUGAUCGAGAGAUGGAGGCGGUGAAGAAUGAUUCCCUCCAUUCCUGGGAUACCGUGAAGUACUUCAACGCCGAAGACUACGAGUUCAACCGUUACAGGACUGCAAUCAAGACGAUGCAAAGUUAUGAAUACUGGGUUGAGGUUACUCUGUCAUACAUGAACACCGUGCAGGGGGCUUUGUUCAUGAUUGCUUUGCUUGUGGCCAGUUUCAUCGAGGCGUUUGAGGUUGCCCAAGGAGACCAGACCGUGGGCAAUUUCGUCCUUCUCAUAACAUACAUGGCGCAGCUGCAGGGACCAUUAAACUUCUUUGGGACCUUUUACAGAUCAAUCCAAUCGAACCUCAUCAACGCCGAAAGAAUGUUGGAGCUCUUCAAGGAGCAGCCUCAUGUCACCGACCGGGAGGGCGCAAAGACUCUGCAAGAGUGCUCAGGGGACAUUAUGUUUGACAAUGUGACUUUCAGCUACGACAAGCGACGACCUGCCCUCAACCAGCUGAGCUUCCACUGCCCUCCUGGGACCACUACCGCUCUCGUCGGCGAGUCAGGUGGAGGGAAAAGCACAGUGAUGAGACUGAUCUUCCGUUACUACAACCCCGAUUCUGGACAGAUCAAGGUCGACGGCAUCGAUGUCCAAGAUAUCACAAUCGACUCUCUACGCCGAUUCAUCGGUGUUGUGCCGCAAGAUUGUAAUUUAUUCAAUGAAUCAAUCAUGUACAACCUUCGAUAUGCCAAUCAACACGCCACGGAUGAGGAUAUAUUCAAUGCUUGCAGAGCUGCAUCCAUCCAUGACCGAAUACUCCAAUUCCCAGAUGGCUACAAUACCAGGGUUGGGGAGCGAGGUGUUCGUCUGUCCGGGGGCGAACGGCAACGGGUGGCCAUUGCACGGACCAUUCUGAAGAACCCACGGAUUACCAUGCUGGACGAAGCUACGGCUGCUCUGGAUUCCGAGACCGAGGAGAAGAUUCAGGAUUCGUUCAACACUCUUGCUGAGGGCCGGACGAUGAUCAUCAUCGCCCACCGUCUGAGCACCAUCGUAAAUGCCGAUCAGAUCUUGGUGCUAUCCAACGGCACAGUGUUCGAGAGAGGUACACACGAAGAGCUUAUUGCGCUCGGGGGCAAAUAUGCUAGCAUGUGGCGGAAACAGUCGCGGGCGCAAAAGGCCGCUGCGGAGGCUGCCGAGCUGAGAACAAGAGCUAAAAAGGCACUGGAGGACGCUGAGGCCGAUAGUGCCAGUGUCAGUGAAGAAGAGAUCGAGCAGGCAAGGAAGCAACGAGACAAAGGUUUCACAAAGGGCCAUAAAAGGGUCAACUUUAGUGGCAGUAGUCAUCUGCGAGCCAGCUGGCCAGUCGACGACCAGGACGGGGAGGCAGGCAACAGAUCAGGAAGCCCUGAUCAUGGCCACUCUGGCAAACCGCCAGGGCAUCCUUGA